AUGCGGCGGCCUCCAAACGCCCGGGCCCGGGCCUUCCAGACCGUGUCCAUACUGCUUCUAGCAGCAGCGAUCACCGCCUUGCCUGGGGCGCUGGCCGCGCGCCGAGACGCAAGUCCCCUGCUAGGGCCCGCGCGCUGGGUCGGGGAGGCCGUGCGACGCGCCAACGACGCGGUCCACGACGCCAAGGCCUACCUGGCCCUCCCGAGUCACGCCAAGCGCGCGGCCGCGGCCGCGCAUGCCGUGGUUUCCGCCAUCGCGGAGAUACGCACCAACGAGCUCGACGAGGUCGGUGCGGAGCGUAUCAGGGACAAGCUGCUGCCGUUCACGGAGGUCUCGCUUCUCGCGGCCCUCCGCGGGUCCCCCCGCAGCCUGGGCGGCCUGGGACGCGACUUCUACCAGCAGUAUCACCCAGACACCCCCCCCGAGCUGGCCGAGGCGACGGCGCUCUUCCGCGACCUCCUGACGGCGCUGCGGACGAUGCACAAGGCGUGUGCGAUGGUCGAGGGCGGCACGCUGUCGGCUGACGAGGAGGAGGCGGCCUUGCGCAAGGCCGGGCAGGGGGCCGACGUCCGGGACGUGGCGACGCGGGCGACGCGGACGGCGCGGCGCGCGUUCGCGGGGCCCGGGGCCCUGCGGCGCAUGGCACGCGUCGCCGCGUACGAGCUCAGCCUGGACAAGACGUUCAGGCAGCUUGUUCAGGCUCUGGCGCGCGCCGGCCGGCAGAGCGGUGCGCUGCGGGAGGCGGCGCGUGGCGUGCUGGGGGAGGACGCGGGGGACCUGUCGUGGCUGGACGACAUCCCGCACGCGGCGCUGGAUGAGGCGCAGGCGGUUGUGCUGGCAGCGCAGCAGGUGAGGUGGCGGUGA